AUGGAUAGAACUCAAACGUUUAUUAAAGACUGUCUUUUCACGAAAUGCCUGGAGGACCCUGAAAAGCCCUUUAAUGAAAAUAGAUUUCAAGAUACGUUGUUGCUACUGCCAACUGAUGGCGGAUUGACUUCAAGGCUUCAGAGACAGCAAAGAAAAUCAAAGCUAAAUCUUGACAAUUUACAAAAGGUCUCCCAGUUAGAGAGUGCAGACAAACAGUUGGAAAAAAGAGAUUACCAAAGAAUCAACAAGAACUCUAAAAUCGCAUUAAGAGAGUACAUCAAUAAUUGUAAAAAAAAUACAAAAAAAUGUCUGAAAUUGGCAUACGAAAAUAAAAUUACUGAUAAGGAAGACCUUUUACACUACAUAGAGGAGAAGCAUCCAACGAUAUACGAAUCAUUACCGCAGUACGUUGAUUUUGUACCGAUGUAUAAGGAACUAUGGAUUAACUAUAUUAAAGAACUUUUGAACAUUACAAAAAACUUAAAAACAUUCAAUGGAUCAUUAGCAUUAUUAAAACUAUCUAUGGCAGACUAUAAUGGUGCGCUGUUACGCGUUACAAAGAGCAAAAAUAAGACUUUAAUAGGCCUUCAAGGCAUUGUGAUCUGGGACUCUCAGAAAUUUUUUAUCAUGAUUGUCAAGGGCAAUAUAAUAGACGAAAUAAAAUGCAUUCCAAAAAAGGGCACAGUAUUUCAAUUUGAAAUCCCAAUAUCAGAUGACGACGAUUCGGCAUUGAGAUAUAGUAUACUAGGCGAUAGGUUCAAGUACAGAAGUGUGGAUCGUGCAGGCAGGAAGUUCAAAAGUCGUCGUUGUGAUGAUAUGCUAUAUUAUAUACAGAAUUAG